GUGAGCAAUGAUAAGUGUUGAAAGAACAAACUAUUUCUUUACCAAGUAGGGCCUUUCGUCUUUCUUGUUUAUUCCACAAGCUAGACUGAUCAGUAGGGCCUUUUUUUUUUUCAGUGUCAACUUUCAAGGUAUUUUUACAAGAUGGCUGGAUUCAGUAGCCAUGCACCUAAGACCAAGAAUCUGGUAGUUGCUGGAAGCUUGUCAGCAUUUGUUUUUGAGGUUUAUUUCGACACCAUGAGAGCUGUUGGAGGGACAAACGAACUUCAGACCGCGAUUGAUAAGUUUGAACAGCAGAAAAGCAAGCAAGAGUCUGAGGCAACCAUCCCAUCUAAGCCUUGACCAUGUGUAAUAAUGUGAUCAGAAACAAGAGAAUGGUUAAUUUGUGAAUGUGCUGUUUCUACUUUUGAUUUUGCACUUUUACUGUACUUGAUCAGCAUGAUAAUGAAAACAUGGGAGAGUAACUUUAAUCUGAA